CGGCGGCCCGGGCCAUCUCCCCUCGGCAGGCCCAGCGCCCCGCAGCCGCCCCGCAGCCGCCCCGCAGCCGCCGCCAUGAGCCAGGCCUACUCGUCCAGCCAGCGCGUGUCCUCCUACCGCCGCACGUUCGGGGGGGCCCCCGGCUUCACGCUGGGCUCCCCGCUCAGCUCGCCCGUGUUCCCGCGCGCCGGCUUUGGCACCAAGGGCUCGGCGUCCAGCUCCAUGACCUCGCGGGUGUACCAGGUGUCCCGCACGUCGGGCGGCGGCGCGGGGGGCCUGGGCUCGCUGCGGGCCGGCCGGCUGGGGAGCGCCAGCCGCGGGGGCUCGACCUACGGCGCGGGCGAGCUGCUGGACUUCUCGCUGGCCGACGCGGUGAACCAGGAGUUCCUGACCACCCGCACCAACGAGAAGGUGGAGCUGCAGGAGCUCAACGACCGCUUCGCCAGCUACAUCGAGAAGGUGCGCUUCCUGGAGCAGCAGAACGCGGCGCUGGCGGCCGAGGUGGGGCGGCUCAAGGGCCGGGAGCCCACGCGGGUGGCCGAGCUGUACGAGGAGGAGCUGCGGGAGCUGCGGCGCCAGGUGGAGGUGCUCACCAACCAGCGCGCCCGCGUCGACGUGGAGCGCGACAACCUGCUGGACGACCUGCAGCGCCUCAAGGCCCGGCUGCAAGAAGAGAUUCAACUGAAAGAAGAAGCAGAGAAUAAUUUGGCUGCCUUCCGAGCGGAUGUGGAUGCUGCCACGCUCGCUCGCAUAGACCUGGAGCGCAGAAUCGAAUCACUCACUGAGGAAAUCGCGUUCCUUAAGAAAGUACACGAGGAGGAGAUCCGAGAGCUGCAGGCCCAGCUGCAGGAGCAGCAGGUGCAGGUGGAGAUGGACAUGUCCAAGCCGGACCUCACAGCCGCACUCAGGGACAUCCGGUCUCAGUACGAGACCAUCGCGGCUAAGAACAUCUCGGAGGCCGAGGAGUGGUACAAGUCCAAGGUGUCCGACCUGACCCAGGCCGCCAACAAGAACAAUGAUGCCCUUCGCCAGGCCAAGCAGGAGAUGAUGGAGUACCGUCACCAGAUCCAGUCCUACACCUGCGAGAUUGACGCCCUCAAGGGCACCAACGACUCCCUGAUGAGGCAGAUGCGAGAGAUGGAGGACCGCUUCGCCAGCGAGGCCGGCGGCUACCAGGACAGCAUCGCCCGGCUGGAGGAGGAAAUCCGGCACCUCAAGGACGAGAUGGCCCGUCACCUGCGCGAGUACCAGGACCUGCUCAAUGUCAAGAUGGCCCUGGAUGUGGAGAUCGCCACCUACCGGAAGCUGCUGGAGGGCGAGGAGAGCCGGAUCAACUUGCCCAUCCAGACAUACUCUGCCCUCAACUUCCGAGAGACCAGCCCGGAGCAGAGGAGCUCUGAGGUGCACACCAAGAAGACGGUGAUGAUCAAGACCAUCGAGACCCGAGAUGGGGAGGUCGUCAGCGAGGCCACGCAGCAGCAGCACGAGGUGCUCUAAGCAGAGGCCUGAGCACCAGACAGUCCCUGCCCCGCCCCCACUGCUCCCGAAGCCCCGCCCCCAGGAUGACUCCGCCCUCACUGCUCCCGAAGCCCCGCCCCCAGGAUGGCCCCGCCCUCACUGCUCCUGAAGCCCCACCCCCACCCCGGGCACCACUCCCGUAACACCCCACCACCACCACCACCUCUCACCCCUGCCCAUCCAUCACCGCCAGGGUUCCCCCACACAGAGCCCCCCCCAUGUGAGUGCAGGUGUUGGGAAAUGUAUGGGCCCAGCUCUGGGCCACCCUUGGGUGCUAGGGCAGGACCCCGGGAGGGGAGUCGCCCCCCCCCUCACCUACCAACAGGACCUCAGGCUCUAGCUGACUUUGGAGGGGUCUCCAGAGUCAGGUUCUGGGAGCCCACAGAGUCAGGAUGGAUGCCCAGGGCCUCCCCGGUCCCUAGUGGGGGUCAGAGAGCAACCAGGGGCAGAUCAUCCAGGGUGGUGGGGACUUGAAACUGACCUCAUGGUCCCUCCUUCCCCAGGGCCGGUUUGGUGAGCAGGGGCUACAAGAGGGAACCUCCGAAGGUGCCAGAGGUGGGAGCAGGAGAGUCAGAGGGAGAGAGGGUGGGCACGACGCUGGGGAUUAGUGGAGAGAGCAGAGGGUCUCAGGCAGGUGGGGCACCCGCCUCCCCCGGUCUGCACCCCAACACACUGCACGGGCUCAGAUGGAAACAAUAAAGAGAAGCACAAGCCAGAGUACCCCUGCUUUAUUCACUGCUGGAGCUCCUCUGGCCCCCACCCAGUGGGGGCCAUGCUUGACUAGCCCCCAGGGCCUGCCACCCCCUUCUGGCCCCACAGCCCCACAGCCCCUCAGCCUUGCCAUCUGUGUGCCAUCUAUGGGGACAGGAGGGACAGAGGGGUGUCAACUGGGGAACCAUACCUACUUCCUGUUGCACCCCAAUUCUGGGACUGCCCCCACUCACAUUCAGAUCCCCAGGACCAGGGGGACACUUGUCACUGCUGUUCUCCAAGGGCAACACUGCUCCCCAUGGACCAGCUCUGAAUUGGGGGCCCAGCUCCACCCUCAAAGGAGCUGACAGCCUCUUUCCACUAAACCCGCCUGUCUGAGCACCUCUAAUGCAAAAGGGGCAACUUGAGGGACAAUAAGAAUGGGGAGGGAGUCGGGGGUAGCGCAGCGGGUUAAGCGCACUUGGUGGGAAGCGCAAGGAUCCCGGUUUGAGCCACCGGCUCCCCACCUGCAGGGGAGUCACUUCACAGGCCGUGAAGCAGGUCUGCAGGUGUCUGUCUUUCUCUCCCCCUCUCUGUCUUCCCCUCCUCUCUCCAGUUCUCUGUCCUAACAACGGCGACAUCAAUAACAACAACUACAGUAACAAUAAAAAAUAAGGGCAACAAAAGAGAAAAUAAAUAUUAAAAAAAGAAUGGGGAGGAAUAUAAAAAGGGCUGGAGAAAGCUCACCCAGGAGGACAUGCACCUGACUGGGGGUGAGGCCUUGGGUUUGAGCCCCUGCACCACAUAGGAGCACCAUAAUGACAUGGAGGGAGCUCCAUGGAUGGUGGAGCUGUGCUGGCCUCUCUCUCCCUCUCUCGGCCCAAAAGAAAAACAUACUAAACUGGCUGGGAAGCCUGCUUAGUAGUGCUUCAUACGUAGGCGGCCCUGGGUUCAUUCCCCUACACCCCAUUAAAUAAAACACAGUUCUCCCUAGUUUCUAAGAGGACUCAACACUGUAAAGAAGGCCACCCUAUAUUAACAUAUAUUUUUCAGACGAUGUGAUCUAGCCUCAGUUUGAACACCAAAGGGAAGGGUCAACCAGAGCUGUGCUUUGCCCUGUGCAUGGCCAAGGUUCAAGCCCGGGCCCCACUGCUUUGGAGGAAGCUUUGGGGGUGGGGUCUCUGUCACUCUCUCUAUACCUGUUUCUCAAAAAGGAAAUAAAAUGAAAUAGAUGGAACACCAAAGGGAAAUUUGGAGAGAGAUUGGGAAGAUGGGAGUACAGAAGUAUAUAGAGGACAAAAUUAGGAAAGUGUGGUGUGAAACAUUAGUGCAGGGCUAGGAGACGCUCGGCCAGUAGAGCGCACACUUUACCGUGCUGGGGGAGGGUGGGGCUCCAGCCAGGACCAUGAAGAGGGGAAGUUUGUUGUGAGUGGUGGAGUGGGCCUGUGGCAUCUGUCCUUUCUCUAUCUGCCUCUCCUGCUAGAAAGAAAAAGGAGAAAUGAGGAAGAGGAGGAAGAGAGAGGGAAUUUGUUGGCAGUGGUAGAAUUGUGCAAGUGCGAAGCUCAGAUGAAACCCUGGAGACAAACAUCUGCACACAUUGGCAGAUACAUUUGCACACUUUAACCACACACACACACGAAACCUGAAUUACUCAGUAGUGAGCUUGAUGACCAUUGGGGUGGAGAGUUGAAGACCAUCUCUCUUUUGACUCCUAGAAUAUAACUUCCGGGUCAAUCAAAGAUUUAGGAUGCCUGUAUAAGAGACAGCAAUAGUGGUUCUGCAAAAAAGACCUUCCUGCGUCAGGCUCUGAGGUCCCAGCACCACCAUCAGCCAGAGCUGAGCAGUCUUUUGGUUUCAAUCUCUCUCUGAAUAAAUAAAAUAAAAAUCAAUCUUU